AUGUCGGCCAGCAUAGAUGUCGAGAAGAUUUUGCAGAAGGCUCGCGACAGGCAGGCCCGAGUGGACCGGAAGUCAUCCGGCACAUCGAGACAAUGGUCCUACGACAGCUCCAAAGAGGACGCUCAGAACCCGUGGCCCGAUGUCGAGGAGUCGCCGCCUGGAAAGAAAGAGUCGCCCCCUGGAAAGAAAGAGUCCCCCGCCGCUGGAAAGAAAGAGUCCCCCACCGCUGGAAAGAAAGAGUCACCCGCUGGAAAGAAAGAGUCCCCUGCUGGAAAGAAAGAGUCCCCCAAUCGAAAGACAGAGUCAGCCACAGCAGCAGAGGAAAUCAGCCCGAGAGGGAAGCGAUCAUUCCAAAGUGGCAAGGCAGGCAAGCAACCGCUUCGUACAGAUUCCAUGCAGACAGAGGUGGAGACGCCCCCUCCGAAAUUGAAGCGAGCCAACACCGAUGAGCUGACUGGUUCCACAAGCAAGAAAGUGAAGCAUGCUCUGACAAGGCCACAGACAGUUGACAAGAAAACAGCCAUGGAAAGGAAGGUCAGUGCCGAAGCAGCCCAAAAGAAGUUGGAGCAGGAGUUUGACGAUGCGGAGGAAACCCAGAAGGAUGAUCUCAACGAGCCCGCGAAAGCACGGGCUGCCCCGAGCCCGAGCGAUGAUGAGCCAAACGAGGGCAGCACAGCACGGUCGAGCAAUGACCCCAUGCCUGAGCCCAAGCCAGCCAAGUCCCCGAAGAAGCGGACCAAGCCAGAGUCCCCUGCAAAGCCCAAGCCCGUGGCCACAGACAACGACGAGAAGGAAGACGAGGAUCCCAACGAAAAGAAAAAGAAAGCCCACAAGCUGUACAUGAGCCGCUCCACGCCAAGCGAGAUCAAGAGUGCUUUCGAUCAGUCGAAGUACUGCAAGCACAAGAUGUCUUCUUUGUACGAAGACUUCUUGUCGGUGGCCGGCAAAUGGAGGGACAGUGUGGUGUACAAAACGAUCAAGCGCACCAAUCGCACUGGGCGCCGGGGCAUCCGGAGAUGGCUCACACGGCCUCAGCUGGAAAAUCACUUCCAGGAUUCCGCCAUAGUCGAUGCCAUUAUUGUCCGCAAGCAGACAGACGAGUACCUGAAGAAGACCGAAAUCAGAGAGCAUCCUGACUGCCCAGGACCAGUGGGACUGAUUCAAUACCUGGUGCUGAUUGAUGAAGAGCACACCGACGAAGAUCAGGACGAGAUUACCGACAUGUUCCGAGUGGAGGAGCAGGGCUCGUCAUCGGACGACGACGACGAUGACGACGACGAUGACGACGAGGAGGACGAUGGAGACAAGCCGAAGAAGGGUGGCAAGGACCGAUAA